AUGUCUAAGUCUAACAGCCUAUCAGCUGAAAAAGAUAAUGGAAAGCACCACCCCCACUCUUUGUCUGCUAUGGAUUUUCAUAGUACAUCUUUAGGAUCCGCCGCUAAUGCCAUGCGUAAUGAAUUAAAUAAAAUGGCUCUUACGAUUCAAGAUAUGAAGGCUCGUAAGGCUUUUCAAAAUGAAAUGGACAAAUUCUUCAUGUUAUUCACUCGAUAUUUGAGUGAAAAGUCUAAGGGGACAAAAUUGGAUUGGGAAAAGGUUAAAGAACCAAGUCCUGAACAAAUCAUUCCAUAUAAAAAAUUGCCAAAAUGUGAGAAUGCCGAAUUUCUUGACAAAUUGGCAGUCCUUAAACUAAAUGGUGGCCUGGGAACUACAAUGGGUUGUGUAGGUCCAAAAAGUGCCAUUGAAGUUAGAGAUGGAAUGACGUUCUUGGAUUUAAGUGUGAGACAAAUUGAGUAUCUCAAUAGUAAACAUAAUGUCAAUGUGCCUUUCAUACUUAUGAACUCGUUUAAUACUGAUGAAGAAACGAAGCGCAUCAUCCAAAAAUAUUCAAGUCAUAAAAUUGACAUCCUCACUUUCAAUCAAUCACGUUAUCCAAGAAUAAACAAGGAAUCUUUGUUACCUACGCCUCGUCUUCCCAAUGCUGAUAUAAGUCAAUGGUAUCCACCAGGUCACGGUGAUUUGUUUGAAUCCAUGUGUAACUCUGGAAUAUUGGAUCAAUUACUUUCCGAUGGAAAAGAAUAUAUUUUUGUUUCUAAUGUUGAUAAUUUAGGUGCUGUUGUUGAUUUAAAUAUACUUCAAUAUAUGGUCGAUACUGAUGCUGAAUUUCUCAUGGAAGUAACGGACAAGACUAAAGCUGAUAUAAAAGGUGGUACUCUUAUUGACUAUGAAGGCACUAUUAGAUUGCUUGAAGUUGCCCAAGUUCCUGCAGUACAUAUGGAAGAAUUUAAAUCUAUUAAAAAAUUCAGAAUCUUUAACACCAACAAUCUGUGGAUAAAUUUGAAAGCAAUUAAACGUAUUUCUGAGGAAAUUAACUUGGAAGUUAUUUCUAAUAACAAAACACUCGAGUCUGGUGAAAAAGUUGUCCAACUUGAAACUGCUGUUGGUGCUGCUAUUAAACAUUUUAAAAAUGCCCAUGGUAUCAAUGUACCAAGAAAUCGGUUCCUGCCUGUUAAGUCAACUUCGGAUCUUUUCCUUGUCACAUCUGAUUUAUAUUCUUUAAAUCAUGGUGAACUUGUGAUGAAUCCUAAACGUCUUUUCCAAACUGUACCGCUUGUAAAGUUAGGUGAUGAAUUCAAAAAGGUCGCAAAUUUUUUAUCAAGAUUUCAAUCAAUACCUAGUAUUCUUGAAUUGGAUCAUUUAACGGUAACUGGCGAUGUCAAAUUUGGAGCUGGCGUGCAACUUAAAGGAACUGUAAUCAUAGUAGCGAACCAUGGCUCAAGGAUCGAUAUUCCCCCAUAUUCUUUGCUAGAAAAUAAAGUUGUAUCUGGCAAUCUCGUAUUAUUGGAACAUUAA